AUGGCCACAGUAAUGAGAUACGUCCUUCCUCUCUUCAGCCUCUUCGCUCUCUACGCCAUCUUCUUCUUCGCCUAUACCAACGGCCUGCGCAUGCUGGCCCUCGACAGCAUCGCGUCCAGGACCCUCCCGGACACAGAGUCACUGCCAUUGAGGACCGUCUACACGGGGAUCGAGCCUGUGGAUCGCAUCCUCGUCGUCCUGACGACCUUCUUCUGGACUGCCUUUGUCGGGAGCAACCCCUCGCUCCUGCUCCAUUGUAUCUGUUUCGCGGGUGCGUUUGGGUCUGCUUGGGUGUUGGUUACGCUGGAGUCUUGGAGGAGGGGGAAUGCCUGGACGGUUGCUGCGUUCCCCUUCAUCUUCGGCAUCAUCGCUCAACUGGCCACCUUCGCCGUCGCGGCCCCUCUCUACUGCGGUUUCCAACUGGCAGUCUCAAGCACCUCUUCCAGGCCCAAUGUCCACAGCAUCGCCAUCCCCCGGGCCGUCCUGCACGCCCUGCCUUUCAUCUUCGUCAUAGGAUAUGCCGUUCCAUCGGGACUGAUGCUCCUGCGCACCCCGGACGUGGUCAGCUUCGACCAGAAGCAGAUCAUCAUCGCCCUCUGGCAGCCGUGGCCGGUGUACAUUUCCGUCAUGGCCACGCUGGCCCAUUUCCUGCUGUCUCCAUUCACCCGGAAUGGCAACAGCAGUAGCAGUAGGUGCUCUCCUGCGCUACAGAUGGCUCCUCCUCUGCGGCGCGUCUACGCUUUUGCCUUCGCCAACGCGGCCAUCGGGCAUGUCGCCGCGUGGACGGUCUCCAUCGCAUCUGCCGUCGUGCCCGUCCUCUUCAACAAGCGAUUCGUCGACGCGCUGCAUCCGGCGCGGGUGUUUGGGGUGUCCUUCCCCUCGUCGUCGUCAGCCCGGCGGGUGGUGUCUGUCGGGGAAGGCGUGCAUGCGUUUCUGCAAUGGGAUUUUCUCAUCGGGUCGACGGGCGUGCUGCUCUGGGCUGCGACGCUGUAUGUGCUGGCCCAUCGCCAGAUCUUGGGCAAGGUCAGCUGGAUUGGGCUCGGGGUGAAGAUUGCCUUGCUUGUGCUGGUGGCAGGGCCCGUGGCGACGGCUGUGGAGUUGGUCUGGGAGAGGGAUGAACUCGUUAUUGAAUGGGAUACGAAAGCUGUGACUGGUGAUAAGAAAUCAAACUGA